AUGCGCAAGAUUGGCAAUACCAGCGUUCCAGUUCCCGGCUGGGGACUGAUGGGCUUCUCCGCCUUCUACGCCACCGACAAGACUGAAGAUGACUUUGUCCCUGUGUUCAAGGUCGCCUAUGAUGCAGGCUGCCGGAUGUGGGACACAGCGGACAUUUAUUCACGUGAAAGUCUGGGGCAGAAUGAGCGCUUAGUCGCCAAGGCCAUGAGGGAGCUGAAGAUCCCGAGGAAGGACAUCUUCCUAUGUACGAAGUUUGGUUGGCUCCCCGGAUUGACCGGCAUCCGUGGCGAUCCGGAGUACGUCAAGUCCGCUAUUGAGCGCUCGCUCAAACCUGGAGAUGUUCGCGCCAUGCAGGAGCUAAAGGAUGCGGGAAAGAUUAGGUACAUCGGCCUGUCGGAGUGUUCUGCCGAGACGCUGAGGCGUGCAUCCAAGGUUGCCAAGAUCGACGCAGUGCAGUGGGAGUACUCCCUUUGGGAGACGAGUAUCGAGACGAACGGAGUGCUAGACGCCUGCAAAGAGUUGGGCAUCGCGCUUGUUGCUUAUUCUCCGUUGGGGAGGGGGAUGCUAAGGUCGGCCUGCGGGAAGUUCAGGCAGCGCUCUGAUUUGGCAGCGGAUGAUGUGAGACUCGGUCUACCCCGAUUCAGCGAGGAGAACUUCCCAAAGCUUGGCCUUGCCUGGGUGCUUGCUCAAUGGGAAGGGAUACUCGUUAUCCCUGGUACGACGCGCGUUGCCGCCUUGGAGGAGAAUAUCGGAGCUGCAACCGUGACAUUGACGGCUGAGGAGCUGGAAGAGAUCAGGAAAGUGCUGGACUCGUUUCCUGUCGCGGGGAACAGGUAUGAUGCGGAGAUGUUGAGUAAUUCGAAUGCGUAG